AUGCUUUCGUCUAACCUAUAUCUUCUGGCCACGGGCUUGACUCUGUCAACAGCCUUUGCCAGGCCAAAUCUCGUCCGCCGUGAUGAGACUCCCCAACUGCCCCAUGAUCCAAACACUACUCCAUAUUGCACAUGGUGGGCAGACGAUGAUGGUUCAAUUGAUUGCGCUGGUAUCCCUGGCUAUUGGGGUAUAUCCAUGGAUGACUUUGUCCGAUGGAACCCAUCCGUUGGCAACGACUGCGCAGGAUUUGUUUCUGGCAACUCUUACUGUGUCGAAGCAUAUGGAGAACCAGCUCCUGGUACAGGCACAACUACUACUAAAAUCACAACCACUUCAAGUGCCUCCACUUCAAGCACCAGCACUUCAACCACUACCUCAACCACCACUACAACUGGUGGUGCCCCGGGACCUACCCAGCCCGGACAAGUGACCAACUGUAACAAAUGGGAUCUCGUUCAAACUGGAGACACAUGCAGCGUCUACCUGGCCAAGUAUCCCGGCCUGACCUUGGCCAAACUCGUUGAAUGGAACCCUGCCAUCGGGUCCCAGUGCGAGUCUCUUUGGACAGAAACCUACAUCUGCACUGGUGUCAUCGGUUGGACGCCUAGCCCAACCACCAGCAAGGCCACCACAACCUCUACAACUCCAACCAAUGGCGUCACCACCCCACAGCCCAUCCAGCCUGGCAUGAUCACCGACUGCAACAAAUUCCACAUGGUAGCUGAGGGCGACGGCUGUGACUCAAUUGCCAAAGCAAAUGGCCUCACCCCCGCCCAAUUCUACGCCCUUAAUCCCGGAGUAGGAAACACCUGCUCGACCUUGUGGCUUGGCUACUAUGUCUGUGUAUCACGCAUCGGCACCUCACCCACCACAACAAAGCCCACCACCACAAAGCCAGGAAACGGCAUUACCACCCCAACCCCCAUCCAGGAUGGUAUGGUGGGCAACUGCGACAAGUUCCACCUGGUUGGUGAUAACGACCAGUGCGUCACAAUUGCACGCAGCAACGGAAUAAGCCUCUCGCAAUUCUACUCCUGGAACCCCUCCGUAGGCAAGGGUUGCGAGACUCUUUGGAAUGGAUACUACGUGUGUGUGAAGAUCGUUGGUGUUAAGCCCAUUACUACCACUACCACGAAGGCAACCACCACCACGAAGGGUAAUGGAAUCGCUACGCCCACCCCGAUCCAGCCGGGCAUGAUAACCUCGUGUAAGAAGUUCCACAAGGUGGUUGAGGGCGAUCAGUGUGGGACUAUUGCGGCUGCAGCUGGUAUCACGCAGAGUCAGUUCAAUUCGUGGAAUCCGAAUGUUGGGGCCGAUUGCAAGUCAUUGUGGCUGGGAUACUGGGGCUUCGCGAACGCCGACCCUCGCACUGAGGAUGACACCCCUCCUGUCAACUGGCUCACCAUCGUUGAGCGUCUAGUCGAACGUGGGGUUAGGUCCUUACUCCUUGCAGUCGUCCUCGCCUUCUUUGAGUCUGACGGCUGUCGCAUGGCCAGAUUGAUCUCUGGCUGUAUCGCCAAGAGCGUCAAUAAUCACCGGAACCGUCUGUCAGAAAGCUGGCAACCGGGAUUUGGUAACGAUCGCGAAAUGGUGCGAAAGGUAACAGCGGCAUUCAAGGCAGAAGUUGACACUGCAGCGGCACAGCAGCGUGAAGCAGCUGAGCGAGCGGCCCAGGAGAUAGAUGCUCUGAAGGCCGAUCUCGCACCCAAGGAAACGUAG